UCCACAAUUCUGGUUCCAUUGAUCAGCCUUGCUCGAACGCAGAGCAGCGGUGAGAAAGAACCGGACGAGCUAAAUUCUUAAAUGCAUCAAGACAAGUCAAACUACGGUCAUUUGCGGGAUUCCAUAUAUCGUAUAAUAUUAGCCUUAUGCUAGCUUGUGAGGUUAAGAUAGUUUGAGUUUGUUCUAGUGGAGUAAUUUAGGUGUAUAAAUAUCGCUAGCACAGGAUUCGGUACCACCGCCUUGCGUCAGCAUAGUAGGAUAGCCACGCUAGCUAGUAACUAGACGGGUUAUUUUUGGUAUGAGUGACCCGAGCUCUGGCGUGCACUGAGAGAAUUAUUUCGCCAUAUGCAUAGCAAACGUCCGCUUCGUUUUAUACCUUGAAGUCGCUAUGAAUCCUACAUAUUUCAUGACAGAAAUCUGAAGUCUGGGCUGUAGCCAUUUUUGAUUUAUUCUUCAUUGUUUGUACAUUUCGUGAUACUAAAACAGUCAGUGAGUGGUACAGUAGUUUUCGUUUAUAGAUUUGUUCCGCACUUCAUCCAAUUGCAUUGAUUGAAUGUCAUUACGAAGCGCCCUUAGAAAAUGGACCUGAAUUUUUACUCUGAUCUAAUGGAUGGGACUGGGCAACACGGAGAUCCAGAAUUCCUGGACCCGGGGUCUUUCAAUGGAUUUGACAAUAAGUUCCCUGGAGGCAGUGACAACUUCCUGACCAUCAGCGGGGCAAGCCAUCCGUUCCUCUCCUCCUCUGAGACAUUCCACACCCCCAGCCUGGGCGAUGAGGAGUUUGAGAUCCCCCCCAUCUCCCUGGAUCCUGACCAGGCCCUCACUGUGUCUGAUGUAGUGGCCCACUUCGGAGAGCUCUCGGACGGGGAGCGCGGUGGCCUGUCCACCCCCGGGAAUGCGGUGGUGGGGGGAGACGACCCGUCCUUCGCCAUGACCUUUGUCAACCCACAUUCGGGGUCACAGGGGCUGGAACACCAUCUUAGUCUGGGGGUCAUCAGUCAACCUGGUGGAGGGGCCAUGCUGGGGUCUGCUCUGGGGAUGGAUCUGGGACACCCCAUUGGUUCCCAGUUCAGCAGCUCCUCCCCAAUGACCAUAGACGUCCCGCUGAAUGACAUGGGCCACGGCCUGUUGGGCCACAAUCAGCUGACCACCAUGGACCAAUCAGAGUUCAGCGCACAGCUGGGGCUCAGCCUGGGGGGCGGGGCCAUCCUGGCGUGCUCGCAGUCGCCUGACCAACCACUAUCGGCCGCUGCUUCACCCGUUGGUUCACUACAGGAUGAUGACAUGGACGACUUCAGACGGCAGAGUGUGUUGGUGGAGUCCCCUGUCUCUCUCGGUGUCAUCUCCCUCGAUCCCUCUCUCUCCGAUUCCCCCAUACCUUCCUCCGCUCCGUCCUUCAGCACCCCUCCUACCCUCGUCCGGAGAGGGGGAGCGGUCGGAGGAGGGAAGAAAGGGAAGAGGAGGAAAGACCCCAGCGAGCCCCAGAAGCCAGUGUCGGCCUACGCUCUGUUCUUCAGGGACACUCAGGCAGCCAUUAAGGGACAGAACCCUAACGCCACCUUCGGAGAGGUGUCCAAGAUAGUGGCCUCCAUGUGGGAAAGUUUGGGGGAGGAGCAGAAACAGGUGUACAAGAGGAAGACUGAGGCAGCUAAGACAGGGGAUCUCAAGGCUCUGGCAGCCUACAGAGAUAAUCAACUUCCUGAGCCAACUAUAGAGCUUCUGGACACUGCUCUGUCACCUCCCUCUCCUCCUUCCCCCGCCCUUCUCCCCACCCCCGUCGCCCCCCAUCCCCGCUCCACUCGUUCCUCCACCCCCCACCUGGCCCCCGAGGAGAACACCAUUACCAACAUCUGCACCUCCAACAUCAUCCUAACAGGUGGAGAUCUCCCUCAAGUCACCACCCGUUCCCGUACAGGGGCGCACAAACCGCCCGGCCCGGCCCCCAGCCCCCCCACCGUCACCAAAAUCAUCAUCAAGCAACAGAAGUCUCCCUCAGGGGUGACGGUGGUGUCCAGUAGUACGGUAUUGUCGUCCCGUCAACCACCGCCACUCCAACAGAUGCAGAACACCCCUCCUCCCCCCCGUCUCCAGCAGAUGGUACAUGCCCAGGCCCCCCCGCCUCUGCAGGCCAAACCAAGAGGCGGGGGUGCCGGUGGUGCCACAGCACCACCCCCCCUGCAGAUCAAGAUGGUCCAUCCCUCAGAUUUGGACUCUCCGAUUAUCGUGACUGCUGCAGGGGGGUUAGCUGCGUCGGGUGGGUUCAAUCCGAACUCGGGGAAGGUGGUACAGUCCUCUGCCAUAGUAAUGGCCUGUUCAACGGAGGCUGAGGACGGGGCUGAAGGAGAGGAAGGGAUGCAGGUAGAGUUGAAUGUGUCUUCAGGGCCAGUUGUGACCCAGGCCUCCAGCCCUAACCUGUGUGUCAGAGCCGGCUGCACCAACCCAGCUGUCGAGAACAAGGACUGGGACAGGGAGUACUGCAGCAACGAGUGUGUGGCCACACACUGCAGGGAUGUCUUCAUGGCCUGGUGUGCGAUCCGAGGGCAGAAGUCCACCUCCGUCACGUAAGGAAUGGACAGAAGAGAGGAGUGAGAGAAGAUUAUCAUGAUAUAGACAUGAUAGAGGGAGGACUAGGAAGGAGAAGAGGAGUGUGGACUGAACAAUGGACAUGGUGGAGGAAGGAAAGAAAGGAGAAUAGAUUUGGCUUUUAUUCACAGCAGACUUUGUCCUCUUAAGAAGAAUCAAGUGGAAGACCAAUACUCCUGUGAUGUUAAAUUAUGAAGUUUAAAUAAUGAGAGUAUUUUAUAUGAAAUGUUUUUAAUCAUUUUAAGAUGUUGGUGAAAAGUAAUAUAACGCUGCAGGGUACUAUUGGGAUGUCUUGCAUUUCAUAGCUUGGAUGUUAGAGUUGGAUAAAGGGUAAGAUCAGGAGUUUCUUUUUCCUGAUCACGUGACACAAGGAAAAACUUAGCCACGAUGACCAUAUUCUUCUUGGCUAGGUCACGUGAUCAGGAGAAACUCCUGUCCCUAUCCAUCAGCCAAUGAGAAGGCAUGUUUAUUUCACGUGUGCGUCCUCUCGUCCGACUUCCGUUGAAACGGAGAUCACGGUAUCAAUGUUGUCCAUGUUAUCAAUGUUGCCUGCGACAUAAAAUCAGUCUCACCCUCAGCCCUAGUGGGAAAUUCCCUUCAGUCUAAUCGUUUAGACCGUCGGUUUCCCAAGCAGACCUGGUUUCAGAUCCCACUGUGACAUACAAACCUCUGGGCUGCGUUCAGGAGUGUGAAAAAUUCUGAACGUUGCUGAUAGACAGGCCAUGUAUAGAAUUGACAUGAUUCCUUUCUCUAGAACAUGACAGAGAAGCAUGUCUGUUUACAUGUUGUAUUUCUAUCAGAACGGUUGUUCCACACUGAACAUGACUGCCAUUGAAUGGGAAGGUUUCAUGUAUGCAUAUUACGAACAUUCAGGAUUACAGUUUGUUUUUUAAAAACCAUCAUGUUGGUGAAAUAAAACUGUAGGAAAAAUAUAUUUGAAAGAAAAUACAUAGUCAUUUAAGUAACGCACAAAACAACACUAAACCAGCUUUUAUUUUGACACUACAUGACCAAAAGCAUGUGGACACCUGCUCGUCGAACAUCUCAUUCCAAAAUCAUGUGCAUUAAUAUGGAGGUCGUCCUCCCCCCUUUGCUGCUAAUGUGGGAACAUGGCUGCGGGGACUUGCUUCUAUUCAGCCACAAGCGCAUUAAUGAGGUCGAGCGCUGAUGUUCGGCGUUUAGGCCUGGCUUGCAGUUGUCGUUCAAAUUCAUCCCAAAUGUGUUUGUUGGGGUUGAGGUCAGGGCUCUGUGCAGGCCAGUCAUGUUCUUACAUACCAAUCUCAACAAACCAUUUCUGUAUGGACCUCGCUUUGUGCACGGGGGUCUUGUCAUUCUGAAACAGGAAAGGGCCUUCCCUAAACUGUUGCCACAAAGUUGGAAGCACAGAAUCUUCUAGAACGUCACUGUAUGCUGUAGUGUUAAGAUUUUCCUUCACUGGAACUAAGGGGCCUAGCCCGAAUCAUGAAAAACAGCCCCAGACCAUUAUUCCUCCUCCACCAAACUUUACAGUUGGCACUGCAUUCGGCCAGGUAGUGUUCUCCUGGCAUCCGCCAAACCCAGAUUCAUCUGUCGGACUGCCAGGUGAAGCAUGAUUCAUCAUUCCAGAGAGUGUUUCCACUGCUCCAGAGUGCAAUGGUGGCAAGAUUUCCACCACUCCAUUCAACGCUUGCCAUUGCGCUUGGUAAUCUUAGGGUUGUGUGCGGCUGCUUGGCCUUGGAAGCCCAUUUCAUGAAGCUCCCGACAAACAGUAAUGUGCUGACGUUGCUUCCAGUGGCUGUUUGGGACUCGGUAGUGAGUGUUGCAAACGAGGACAUAUGAUUUUUACACGUUACAUGCUUCAGCACUCUGGGGUCCCGUUCUGUGAGCUUGUGUGGCCUACCACUUCGCGGCUGAGUCGUUGUUGCUCCUAUACGUUUCCACUUCACGAUAACAGCACUUACAGUUGACUGGGGCAGCUCUAGCAGGGCAGAAAUUUGACUUACUGACUUGUUGGAAAGGUGGCAUCCUAUGACGGUGCCAUGUUGAAAGUCACUGAGCUCUUCAGUAAGGCCAUUCUACUGCCAAUGUUUUUUGUUUGUUUUUUUAACCUUUAUUUAACUAGGCAAGUCAGUUAAGAACAAAUUCUUAUUUUCAAUGACGGCCUAGGAACAGUGGGUUAACUGCCAGUUCAGGGGCAGAACGACAGAUUUGUACCUUGUCAGCUCGGGGAUUUGAACUUGCAACCUUUCGGUUACUAGUCCAAACUCUAACCACAAGGCUACCCUGCCUAGAGAUUGCAUGGCUGUCAGCAUUGGGUGUGGCUGAAAUAGCCAAACCCAGUAAUUGUAAAGUGGUGUCCACAUACUUUUGUAGGUAUAUAUGUUGUGUUUCUGGCGAGGAAAGGGAGAAUAUAUAUUUUUUAAAUGUUUUAGUGUCUCGGAGUAGGAAUGCUGAUUUAGGAUCAGGUCCCCCCCCAUAUGUGAUCGUGUGAAUUUGGAUCUAAAAGGCUGAACUAAUCCUAGAUCAGCACUUUUACUCAGAUGCUUUAUGAAGACGGCAAAUAAAGGAGUAUUUUAACCAUUGAAAUGUAAUUACGAGAAAGGACAUCCCCAUUCACUAGUGUAACAAUAAAGGGAUUUCUCAUUUAAUAUCAAUUCUAUUCAAUAGUAAUUAUAUUGAUAUGGUUUUACCACGUGCAUCCAUAGAUUUACUUGGCAUUGCAUUAGUAAAAAGGGAAAUUAAGGGUUGUGAAUUAUCACUUACUAGUUGUCAUCACUACAUUAUGCAUGUGGAACAAAAAUGACAUUAACAUGUAUAAAAAAAGGAAAUGAAUGAAAAGUUUUUUUUUGUAGAUAAUUUUAACUAAUGAUCAUAAAUGUUUUAUGGAAAAAAUUAUGCUUUAUGUAUCAUUAGGUAAGAUUUGUGUGUGCUUUGGUUUAUAUCCCUAAAAGGUAAAUAAGGGGGGGAAAUGGGGUAAAGUUGCAGAAAAUUAAAUGAACUAAUCCAGUUAAUGAUUUUUUUUAAAUCACUUUUUGCAAGAGCCAUCCCUGCACAUCCCAUUUCAGCGGCAAGGAGAAGAGGUUUCUGCAGUGAUGUCAAAUACUUGUUUUAAAUAUACGUUUGUUUCCAGCGUGACGUGUCAGCAAUUUCGAAUUCUGGAGGUGGCGGGAAAAUAUGCAGUGGCGGGAAAAAAGCGCAUGGUCACAGCCACGAUCCGACGGAGGCGGGUUUUCAGAUGUACCUUGGGAGGCGCUGUCGAGCGAUGUAAAACAAAUAAAUGAUACACUAUGUGUAACAACA